AUUGAACGACCGUCCAUCAAGUUCCAGCACAGCAACGCCAUAAUGCCUCCCAGACCGGCACUCAAUUGGGGACUUCUUCCCCCGUCCUUCCUCCUCCCGUCGUCCACGCGCUCUCUGCUUCCCUCGAUACCCAUAGCAACCCAUCUCUCCCAAUCACAAACCCCAUCGUACACACCGAUUCGAACGAUAAAAUCGACAAACACCCCACGACCGGACCGCUUCGCCCACAACCCUCACAAAGAUGCUCUCACCAGCACCUCGACAGCCGCACUCGACAGGCGAGCACACUCCACACCCCUCCGAACCGGCCUCCUCGGCAUAAAACGCGGCAUGACAGCCCUCUUCGACACGGAGACGGGGAAACGCACGCCCUGCACAAUCCUCCAGCUCGACCGCAACGAGGUGAUUGCGCACAAGACGCGCGACAAGCACGGCUACUUCGCGGUGCAGAUCGGCGCGGGCAGCAAGCAGGCGUACAACGUCAGCCGGCCGAUGCUGGGCCACUUCGCGGAGGCGGGCGUCGCGCCCAAGCGGUGGGUCGCGGAGUUCCAGGUCAAGACGGAGCAGGGGCUCGCCGUCAAGGUCGGGGAGGAAGUCGGCGCGAGGUGGUUUACCCCCGGGCAGUUUGUGGACGUUAGGGGCGUUUCGAGGGGUAUGGGGUUUGCGGGUGGUAUGAAACGUCACGGCUUCGGCGGUCAACCCGCUUCCCACGGUCAGUCGCUCAUGCAUCGUGGUAUGGGAUCCGCAGGAGGAUCGCAAGGUUCCGGUUCGCGUGUGCUUCCGGGUAAGCGCAUGGCCGGUCGUAUGGGUAACGAGCGCGUGACGGUCAAGAACCUGAAAGUCAUGCAGGUGGACGAAGCGAACGGCAUCGUCGUUGUUCACGGCGCCGUCCCUGGUCCAAAGAAUCAGAUCAUCAGGAUACAAGACGCGCUCGGAAAGCCGUGGCCACAGGGCCCUAUGUCUUUGGCUGACAUCGCGCCUGCGACUAUUGCCGCGGCGGGCGAGGCUGCUGCUGACGCCCCCGCUGCUACUGCUACUGUUUGAUGAGGAGAAGAAAGGCGUUUUUCAUUCAUAAUGAAGACGACGUUGUUGUGAAAACGACGAAUGUGGGAGAGAGGAACCACAAGAAAUGUACAUUACAGCCCCAACCAACCAUGUCCAAAAAUCUAAAGAACGGUUGCAUAACGCAUAGCAUGUAACAACAUGUAACAACAAUACCAUUUCUCAAAUUCCCAACAUCGAGACUUUUAUCCAUGUGCAAAAAAAGUAUUCAAAGGGUAGAGUUGUGAUCACAUCAUACUUGGGGAGAAUUCAACGACAGUCAGUAGUUUUGCACAUAAGAAAGGAAGAAGAAGUACCUCGUAGCUAAUGCGAACUUCUGAAGACAAGCAAUCCUUGACAUAACUGGAGAAUAAUG